AUGGCGCCCGAUGCUGGGCCGUAUGAGUAUUACCCUAUUGCAGGGAUUCGUGUCCCAGACUCCGAUCCUAGUGCUGGCAUUAAUAGAAAGGUCCCGGUGCGCCAGGACGUUGAUGAAUGGAGCACCAACCAGCGUAACAUAAGGCAGGUGGACCUAUUCAUUCUAGCCCUGGACAAGCUUCAGAAGAAGGAUCCAAAAGAAAGACUCUCUUACUUUCAAAUUGCCGGUAUACAUGGACAUCCAUUUACGCGAUGGGACGAUCCCACUCCACAGCCUCUGCCAAACGGGUACUGUGCUCACUCGAACAUCUUGUUCCCCAUCUGGCAUCGUCCAUAUAUGCUUCUCUAUGAGCUUACACUCCCUGGAUCGGGAAUUCAGCAAGCCAUCUACGAGACUAUGGUUCACGAAAUCAUUCCCAACUUCCCCAACGCUCAGCAGUCCAUGUGGAGAACACAGGCAGACCAAUGGCGUCUGCCUUACUGGGACUGGGCCCGCACUAAUCGUGUGCCGGAGUUGGCAAAAUAUCCUACCAUCACCGUCCCAAAAUAUGAUGGAGCAGGAGUCAAUCGGAUUGACAACCCUUUAUUUCAAUUCCGCAAUCCUACCGAACAGCCAAUGAUUUCAGCCGGUGUAGGAGUUGAUAACCCUUGGGAGUCACCAGAGGAUAAUGAGGAGGAUAAGAAGUUUGGCUCGUGUAUCGGAACUAGUCGAUGGCCUGAUGAGGUCGAUCAGAAACCCAACAGCGAGGCCUGGCGGCAAGGCGUUGUGAACAAUUACAAAGUAGCUGAUAAAUUCCGAAGCACUAACUGGGCGAAAGAGGGGCAACCGGAUAAGCCUUAUGGAUCAACAGCUGAAAUGGUCUUUCGUCUUCUCACGGUUCCCAUAGAAUAUAUCACGUUUGCCAGCACAAAGCCAUGGUCAACUGCCAAUGACACGGACAAAAGCGCUACCAAAGAAGAAGAAAAGGCCCAAAAGGAAAAUCAGGCAGUGGAUAAAGAUCUUAAUCUAGAGUACAUCCACAAUUACAUCCACGGCUGUACCGGAGGUGAAGGGCACAUGGCCAAUGUUCCCGUUGCAGCCUUUGAUCCUCUCUUCUGGAUGCACCACUGGCAAACGUUGAAUCCUGAUAAAUGGCUGGAUGACGCUUCCGUUCCUAGUGAUGAAAAAUUCAUAAAUGAAAAUUACGAGGAGGAAAAGGUUUCUCCCACGGUUCCACUGCGCCCUUUCCGCCGUGAUAAGCGGGGUACUUAUAUAACGCCUAAUGAUGUGCGAUACACAGCAAAUCUGGGUUACUCAUACGCUGAUCUGCAGCCUUGGUUGGAGAAGUACAACCCUAACAAAAAAUUCGAUCGAGAGCUCUUCAUAAAGGACCUAAACAGAAGGAUUAACUUGCUCUAUGGAUUUUCCAGAAAUCUGGCCCUGGACCCUAAAUUUCCUACAAUGGACGGUAUGGCGACUAUCGAGGGCGGGUUGGUUAUCCAGGACUAUGCCUUCAGCAUUCGGUUCCUAAAGUAUGGCUUAGGGGGAGAUCCGUUCUGGAUCAGACUGUAUCUGGCGCAGGAUAAAGAGAAUCCCGCCCCAAUGUUGGACCUGAUUGCCGAAGUGUAUAACUUCAGUCAACGACCACAGACCGAGAAUGGUAACUGUGGCAAUUGCAAAAUGUUGCAGAAACAGAAGAUCAAGUCAACUGCAUAUAUUGCCAUCACCCCUGUGCUCUUGUACCUGGUGAGAGAAGGCAAGAAAUUAGGGUCCCUAACCAAGGAGGUUGUACUGCAAUAUCUUCGCGAUCAUGUCUACUGGAGUGUGAUUAAGGGCGGCAGAGUAUUGAGUUCCACCGAAGUCAAAAAGUUGGAGCUGGAGAUUGUUGGUAGUACCAAUGAUAGUAAACACUACGAGGAUCCCACCCGUACGCCUGAGUUUGACAACUUUAAGGCGCAGCCAUCAAUCUCUGGCGGCGCUGAGGGAGCGUUUAAUCCUGAUUUACAUAACCGAACUCCUGAACCUCCACCUCCGAAGAUUCUGCCACCGAAGGCUACCUUAGAGCUUGGACAUUCUCUCCCCUUCAAACAGCAGUUGGGCACGGACAGUGUAAUUAUUGUUAAGUCACCGAUUGUAGACUUAACUCUACCCAGUGCUCGCGGAAGUGACAUGACUCAACUCUCAAUUACUAACAUGGAUGGCGACGUUGUCUUCCAUAUAUCCAUCCGGCGCAGCCAGGGUGUGAUUAUAUUCAACACUAAGCCCGCCUCCGGCCAGUGGGGCCCAGAAGUUAAGGUCCCAUUGGAAAGGCGCUUCAAGGAAAAGGACGAGGCAACCAUCCUUAUUCAUGACGAAGGCGAGGGCUACGAGAUUUUUAUUGACUGGACCCACGUCCACUGGUUUGAAAAGAGAAUAAAGGCGACGGCACCCAAAGCUAUCCAUUACGGACUGUCCGAUGGCCAGGAGGCCACGUCUGUUCUGGCGCCUAAACUUCGGGUCUUUACAUAUCCAUCCAUGAAGGAUUUGUUUUUCGCGGAGGCCGAAUAG